AUGAUGUGUGCUAUUGUCAAUUAUUCUACUCGUCAAAAGUGCUUUCGUUGUCAAGCACCUCGACCUGAUGGCGGCCCCGCCGGUCCUCCUGGACUGCCGGCCCCGAGAGUCGAGAACCACGGCGAUAAUGAUGCGGCGCCCGAGAACCAACCGUCGCAGUUCCUUCUUUUCCGCGGACUGGAAUCGUCGGUCACCGAAGAACUGCUGGCCAAGGGUGUGGCCAAGUUGUACCGUCCUUUGUCUUCCAGCAACGAUGCCACAGGAGGUGCGAAGAAGGGAGCUAAAGUGGCUUCGACCACGGGAGACUCGAACCUCGGGGCUCGAGAUGGCUCCAUUCGCCGUGUUCUGCUUGUGAGAGGGCGCAAAACCAACGAGAGCUGGCGCUACGGGUUUGCGGAAUUCGCGACUAUUCAGGAUGCACAAGCUGCCAUCACCCGACUCAAUUCAUUUGACAAGUUUACCAUCUCCUCGCGGCCGGUUUUGGUCAGCUACAUCCAUGCUGGUGUUUUUGUCCCGGUCCUUAAUCCCACCCCCAGCAAUGAACGAUUCACGUUCAGUCCGCUGAACAACCCAGCCUUGAAACUCAUGUACUGGGACGAAGAGGCCUAUGUGAAAGAGCUUACGGUGUCCACAGCGGAACUUGACAGCGGCAAGGGAGACAGGGCGGCUGGUCAGGAGGGACCCACCAAGGGCAGCAAGGACGCCGACAAGGCCAAGAAGCGAAAGGCCGACGCAGCCGCGAGUGCCGCGGCCAAGAAGAUGGCAGUGCCGUCGCAUCUGCAGUUCUGGAGCAACCGCCACGCGGAGCUGCACGGGAUCCAGAAGAAGGAUGGCGAGGACAAACCCGGCGGUGGGGAGCUGCAACAGCAGCCGACGUCGGAGACUGCAGCAUCCCCGCUGGACCCCGCCGCGCCCCCGAGUCAAUCCUAUGCCAACCCCACCCAGAACUGCUGCUACCUGUGCAUGCGGAAAUUCAAGUCCACCGCCCAGGUCAACCUGCACGAACGCCUCAGUCAGAUGCACCGCGAGAAUCUGCUGGAUGAGGAGCGCAUCGCGCAUGCCACGCGCAAGCUCGUCAAGCACGGCAUCAUCCCGCAACCGACGGAGUAUCGCGACCGCGCCCGCGAACGGCGACAGGCGUUCGGCCGGUCCAAGGCUGGUGGAGGGGCCAAGCCGCGGCCCGCAGCCCCUGCGGCCAAGGAAGAGGAGCCGGCAGUGCCAGCAGCGUCCAAGGGUGCCUCGCUGCUCAGCAAGAUGGGCUGGUCCGCGGGGUCUGGACUGGGGGCGCAGGGCACGGGGAUGACGGCGCCGAUUGCGACCGAGGUGUAUGCGCAGGGGGUAGGCUUGGGGGCGCAAGGGAGCAAGCUGGGCGAUGCGACGGAGGAGGCGGGGCGCAACACGCGGGGUCGGUACGAUGAGUUUCUGGAAAAGACGCGACAGACGGCGCGGGAGCGAUACGAACAGAUGGAGCAGUAGAUGGGUAGUUAUAGGAACGUUGGUGGU